AUGGAGCAUUCACCUCUGGGUGGCACUGGACGUGGUAAUUACCACCGCAACCUAGACGUCCAGCCGGUUCCAUCCGGUGAGUUGCCUCGGGAGGCGGGACAAGCUCGGGCGAGGGAGGACAGCCGGGCCGGAUUGCAGCCGAGGCGACAGACAUGGCCGGACGCGCCGCUUCGGGACGCGGUCGGACGCGCCCAGAACUGCUGUUGCUCCCAACCAACCUUGCUGAAUAACCGAUUCGACAUACACAUCGACUCUUCUGGUUUGUUUGUUCACCGCCCACGAGAAACGCACAUAUUCUCCUGGAAGUUUACAAUGGUCCUCUCAAUCGAUGAUACCGAAGCCUAUUUAGCCAAAUACUUGCCUGAUACCGGGAUUCCUGUAGAAGGUUUCGGAAAAUACAGCUAUAAAAUAAAGGGUGUUGCCAAAACACCGAGAUCAGAAUGUGUGAAGAGCAAGUCAUUUGUGGUCGGUGGUCAUGAGUGGCGCAUUGUAUGCUAUCCUCGACGACCUCAGGACGAAGGGGACGAUGCCAUUGGAAUUUUUUUGCAAUGCAGCGAUCCAAGACAACCCGAAGGCUGGCAUGUUUGUACAGAGUUUGCCUUUGCGAUUUCCAACCCAAAGGACGGAACGUGCUACAUCGGAACUUCACGGUCCACCAAACGAUUCACCAACUAUGGAGAGGGCUGGGGGCCCCCUCAUAUCAUUGAGUUGGAAAAGCUGUGCAACCCAAACGGCUCCUGCCUCAAACCUAUCAUCGAAAAUGAUGUGACUAUGAUAACUGCGUUUGUGCGAGUGCUUAAGGACGAAACAGGGCUACUAUGGCAUGACUUUGUCAACUAUGACUCGAAAAAAGAAACAGGUUAUGUUGCAUUGACAAACAAUGGAGGUGCAUCCUUCAUGAAUCCUCUAUUGCAGCUUCUGUUCUCGAACAAUUAUUUUCGAAAUGCUGUCUACCAAAUUCCAACCGAGCACGAUGGCGCGGAUUCAGUGGCCUUGACUCUUCAGCGCAUCUUUUGUGUAUUGCAAACAUCCGAUAGCGCUGUUGGGAUAGCCGAGUUGACGAAAUAUUUAGUGUGGAAGUCUUUGGACGUUUCUCAGUCGCAUGACCUCCUGGAAUUCACCCGCGUGCUUCAGCAUAAAUUACAAAGCAGAACGAAAAACACUCCUGUGGACGGUACCUUUCAACAUCUUUUUGCUGGAAAACACAAAAGAUACAUCAAAUGCACCCAUGUCGAUUACGAGAGUAGCCAAGAAGAAACUUUCUUCGACGUUCAGCUUGAAAUCAAGGAUCCUGAGGGCCGGGCUUUGAGAACGCUUCAAGAGUCCUUCAAAGCUUACGUGGCGCCACAGAAAAUGGACGGCGACAAAAAAUACGACGCCGGUGAAGUCCAUGGACUCCAAGAUGCUCACAAAGGGACUGUAUUCCUAGAGUUCCCCCCUGUUCUGCACGUCCAUCUCAAGCGAUCUGAGUAUAAUUUACAGAAAGACAAGCAGGUUGAGAUCGACGAUCAACUAGAAUUUCCGGUCAGACUGGAUCUCGCACCUUACUUGGACGAGUCAGCUGACAAAACGGUCGAUUGGAACUAUCAGUUACAUGGCGUAUUGGUUCAUUCAGGAAAACCUCCAAAGGGAAACUUCUUUGCCUUCAUCAAACCUCACGCUGAAUCGAAAUGGUAUAAAUUUGAUGACGACCGAGUCAUCCCUGUCACAGAGCGGGAAGUCUUGAAGAGUGGUACCGACAGUUCGACGAAUGCCCACAUGUUGGUGUACGUUAGAGAAUCCAAAGAAGGGGAUAUUCUUGCGCCUAUUACCCAGGCCGACACGCCUACCCAUCUAAAAUCUUUGCUGCAAAAGGAACAGAAGGACCAUGCCCAGAAGACAAAAGAGAUGGAAGAGACGGAAACUCAUCUUACCACGAAGAUCAUCACAGAGGAAACCUUCCGAGCAUAUCAAGGCUUUGAUCUGGCGCUGUUUGAUGAUGAAACGAUGCCUCCCUCUGACCUUCCGACAUUCAGAGUUGCCAAAGAGCAACGUUUCCUGGAUUUCAAAUCGACACUUGCCCGAGACCUAGGCUACCAACCUGAGCAAAUCCGUCUUCGACCAUUGUUGGCACCCGUAGACCGGCCACGCAGUGCUGUGCCAGAAGAUGAUCAGACACUAACAAUGGAGGCUCUACGUGACACCACAAUGGCCUCAUCAACUCAAGAUCUCAAGCUCUAUCUUGAAGUCCUCGAUCCAGUGCAUGAAGCACAGGCAGUUGAAUCUGAGGAAAGGCAGAUUAUGAUCAUGGUCAAGUAUUUUAAUGUUUCGGAUCAGACGUUAUCCGGAAUUGGCCACUUUUGGGUUAAGGAAGGCCAAAGAGUAGCAGACUUGGUUCCUCUCAUUAAUACCCGCAUGAAAUUUGCUAAGGGGAGGCGUCUGAAUAUCUACGAGGAACUCAGUCCUGGGAACAUUGUUCCGAUGGACCCGACAGAUACCUUCGCGGAAACUGAAUUGCUGGAUGGGGAUAUCAUUUGCUUUGCAAUUCGAUUUUCCGCUGAAGAACUUGCCAAUCUCGGAAGACAACGGUUGUAUCUUGAUCCGGUGUCAUUUUACGAGUUUUUGACAAAUCGGGUCCUAAUUCAAUUCAAACCUCGCCAUACCAACAUGGCUAAGAUGAUCGAGUUUGGUAUUCCUAUGAGCAAGAAACUAACAUAUUCUCAGAUGGCCCAUCUAGUGGGAGAAAGGUUACACCAUGAUCCCGCCAAGCUCCGAUUCACUAACAGUGAACAAGGCGAUCCCCACCAAGUCAUUUGUCGACAGGGCACAGUGGCUGACAUGAUCGAGUCGCCGGAUAACGACACCAUCAAUAAAAUUCUGUUUUACGAGCUGUUGGACUUGCCUGUCGAUGGGAUUGAAACGGAACGCAAGGUGAAGAUUACAUGGACUGGUGCUCACAAUCGAGAAGACGGAACUUAUUCAUUCUUGAUGCCAAAGACUGCUUCGAUCCAGGAUGUUAUUGAUAAACUCAUGCAACUUUCCACGUUCAUCACAUUCUCGAGGAACUCGACCCGAAAAAUCAAACUUUUUACUUUCCAUGAUGGCCAGAUUGAGAAACAGUUUUCGGGAGAAGAACUUUUAAUAAAUGUGGCCGAUCUCGAGAAUCUACAUGCCACAGAACUCAAAACGGUGACGACACAGUAUGACCCAGUAGCGAUGCUGAAGAUGCUUCAAUUUGUCAAAAAGUUAAGUGUGGAUGGAACCAACUACCCAACUUGGCUCAAGACGGUGGAGAGUAUCUUGGGAAUGACUACAGGCAAGGUGAAUCUGUUGACAUCGCCGGACCAGACGAUAGGGUGCGCGGAAGACCUGAUAAUCAAACAAGCGAUUGCGGCUUCGGUAGAUGAUGCACUUGUACUAACCGUUGUCGAGGCCGAAUCUGGAAUGGAGGCCUUCGAUAAGAUUCAGAAGCACUGGAACAGUCGAAGUAAACAAGUUAUCAUCAUGAAAGAGAUCUUACAGACUAGAUUCAAGAUCUGCGAUGCAACCGCAGACAUCGGAAGCCAUUUCCAGGUCAUCAAGAAUCUAGCCGGAAAGCUAUUCAAAUCAGGGUUUGAGCUUACCAAGGAAUCAUUCAUCGGUCUCUUCUUCCAUCUCUCGCUACCCAGACUAGAUAUCCCUCCUUUUGUAAACAUCUCUCGAAGGAUCGACGCGCGUCCUGGAGGUGCGGCAACGAUUUCCAACGAGCAAUUGGUUCAACUUGCUCAAACCGAGUUGGAAAACUUCCGUCAAAAUCGCAAGAUCACUUGCUGCGAACCGCAUACACAUCCAACUCGACAAUGUCCACCCUCUGGCACAAUCGCUGAUGAUGAAUUACACAAGUCGAAGCGACGUCGUCAUUGCUAAAGCUGGAUGAACCAGCACUGUUCAAAUAAAUCUCCAAACAAACAACCCAACCGCCGUUGCCGGAAGGAGAUAACAUUUACAGCUCGGAUGCUCUUCGGGACGCCUGGAUGGAGACUUGUUUUUGGAGGUAGAUGGUCAAGUUUUGAUUGGAGUGAUUAUGCUGGGCCUCAAAUGUGCUUGCCUCAAAAUUGUAGUAGUCCCCUAUCUAGCAAGUACAUACCACUUCCAGAUCUCUGAAUUUGUGAAAGUUAGCUCUCUUCUGAUUAUCCUUGUAUAUACACACACUUCCUUGUGAUGAUAUUGUGCAAUGUUUCUUGUGAGGUUAAUCAAACUUUUCCCAUGAGUUUCGAUUGGGCACUAUCAUUAUAGUCAG